GGUGGAGUUGCAAUUACACGUGCAAUACGUGUGCUGUACGAAACAAAAUUUGCUUGUUUAUUUGUCUUUUGAAUGCUACAGGAGUUUAGAAGUGAAUCCUGUCUUGUUGUUCGAACAAAGGAAUGCCACUUGAUCAUCAGCCACCAUUUACUUGAACAAUUGAAAUUCUGCGACAGCAUCUCUAGUGAGAUACCGAGGUACAUUACUAAGGGGUUCAAUGAUUAAAACCUGAGAUCGCGAUUCACGAUAGAGAUUUGCCGUGGUGAUAAUUACCCAGAAGCGAUACAGAGAGUUUAUGCGUGUACUGCAGUGUGUUGAACGCGAGAAAGGACUAGUACAUGAUUUUUUUGAUACAGCACCACUUCUGUUGAGAAUUUGAGAUUCUUGUGGCUUUGAGCUCAAACCCCCGGGUCUGAAACAUCAGACUGCAAUACGACUCCGGAAUCACGGGGCAAAGAGAACUGUUCAGGAAGGCUUAAGGUGGCUGAAUCGAGAUCAUUCAUUCGUAUUCGCAUUUACAUAUACGGAAGAACAAAGAAUCUCGAAGAGCGUCGAUAAUACCAAUAUAAUAUCAAGGGAACGUCCGACACCCUAAGAAUUUCACGGCCAUAGAGAACAAGCGAUCGAAAGAUAGAUUAUCAAAUCCACCGGCCCUCUUCUUUAGAAGAACAUGUGCAUCUACAUCAUAACCCACCACGCUUGUCCACACACCUCUCUAUUACUACAGGAACGAUGCCCGGGGUCAUUGAAUAGAAGAAUGAGUUCUGGAGGUGGGAGAUACGAAAGCCCGCCUUGUAGGUUUGACAGGGAACGAUUUGAGAGGUGGAAGAGGGAAGCAGAGAGUCAGGGAAACGAGGAAACUUUAGAGACUCGGGAAAAGAGAGGCGAAGAGAAGUGGGAACAUAAGGGAGGGAGAAAGCUGGAAAGCGAGUUUAGAGAGAGAUGGGUGGAGGGACUUUGUGUCAAGUGUAAAGCAGAGAAUGAGGGCAGUCGGGUGCUGGCAAGAAAAUCUUCGUUUGCGGAAAUAGUGAAGAAUCUCUUGAGUAUCGAUCGAGAAAUGCAGGCGCAGCGAUUAAGUGUGAACUCGGCAAGUGGAAGGGGCAAGUUAGCAAUUCCUCCUGUUCCACCAGUUCCUGUAAUUGGGAAAAGGAGGGGGAUGCGGUAAUCCUAAGUUGAUGCUAUGCGUGGAUACUAGGAUUAUGAAUGAAGAAAACAGAUACUACUGUCUCUUUCUGUCUCGAAUUUUCAGAUGUUAACUCCAACUUGGAUGUUCUUGUUAUUUAAAUAGACGGAUAAAGAGCCAAGUGUACGAUAUGGGAAAUGGAGAAGGAAGUUAAUGAUUGAGAAAUAAUGAAUGGCAUGGGGAGGGGUUCAUGAUUCAGACUGGGUGGUGAAAGAUACCAUAGUAUCGGAGUUUGGCCUGGGAAAUGAGAAUUAUUUGAAAACAUGGAUGAUUCCCAUAAUGAGCAACUUUUUUGCA